AUGGGUGAUGGCGAUCCGUUAAAUUGGCCCAAAUUCAAGAAAGUAGCCAAUCUUUUAGUCAUCGCAUUCCAUGCCAUGAUGGCUACUUUUACUGCGGCCGCAAUUCAAUCAGCGUUUUCCGACAUUGCCGAAGAGUUCGAAAUCACUGUCCAGAAAGCAAGCUAUUUGACGUCUCUCGUCGUCAUGGUACUUGGAGGAGCUCCUUUCUUCUGGCGUCCUCUGUCUCACGUUUACGGCCGACGCCCAAUAUUUCUCAUAUCCUUAUUGUGCAGCCUCAUUGGAAACAUUGGCUGCGCCGUGAGCCCGUCGUAUGCGACGAUGGCAUUGUGCCGAGCCAUCACUGCGUUUUUUAUUAGCCCAGCUAGUUCACUAGGCAGUGCCAUCGUUUCAGAGACCUUUUUCAGAAACGAGCAGGCACAUUAUAUGGGUAUCUGGGCAGCAAUGGUUACCCUCGGUGUCCCAGUUGCUCCUCUCAUUUUCGGAUUCGUGGCAAUGCGAGUUGGAUACCGCUGGAUCUAUUGGAUUCUAGCUAUCACAAAUGCUGUUCAGAUGAUUCUUCAUGUUCUUCUCUGCCCCGAAACCCGAUACAUUCCAACCGAGGCAGAACCGAAAACAUCCUUUCGCAGGCAAUACUUCCAAUUUAGACGCCUUGACUCAACUCCUCUUAAGAUCAAAGACUUUCUGCACCCUCUCAGUCUCGCCGCCCGCCCCAGUGUGAUGAUUCCCGCCGUAUCAUAUUCCAUGAUAUUCCUCUGGGGCAGUGUCAUGACAACUUUUGAAAUUCCACAGCUCUUUCCGGAGAAGUUCGGCUUCAACACCCAACAAGUUGGUCUUCAGUACAUUGGCAUCAUCCUGGGGACCGUCAUUGGAGAGCAAAUAGGCGGCCUCACGUCUGACAAGUGGAUGGCGAUGCGGAAACGUCGAUCUGGAAUCACACCUCCGCCCGAAUACCGUUUAUGGCUGAGCUAUCCAGGACAUCUCCUUACGCUCAUCGGAGUUGUCGUGUUCUUGGUUCAACUUGAUCGAGCUGGUGACCGGUGGAAUAUCACGCCAAUUAUUGGCGCGGCGAUUGCAGCUGCAGGAAAUCAAAUCGUGACGACCGUGUCUAUCACUUACGCUGUUGAUUGUUUCAGGGAGGAUUCUGCCUCGGUCGGCGUGUUUAUUACGUUUGUUCGCCAAGUAUGGGGAUUCAUUGGGCCAUUCUGGAUACCUCAACUGAUUGAGAAUCUGGGUCUUCGAGGUUCCACGGCCAUCACUACAUCUACUAUCGUUGGAGUCUCCAUCUUACCAAUGAUGCUGCUGCAGUGGAAAGGAAAGAAUUGGCAAGGUCGCCUUAGCACUAAUGAAUCCUGA